ACAUCUGGUCCCAGUGACAACCCAGAUUGGAUCCCGCAACAUUAUCCUGGGACACAUAUAUUUGCCUUCAUUUCUGAGAACUAUUGUGUUGUUUGGAACAGUAUUCUAACGAUCAGAAGUGGCAAAGUCUAACCACAUUUGAAUGCUAUUGGGAAGUAAUUUGACACAUUAUUAGCUGGUGAAUAAUUUUGAUAAACAAAUCCAUCAUCAGGUCUAUAAAAGGGGAAAAGAGAGGGCUUAAACUUGAAUGGAUCACAUCUGCUGGAUCUCAGGCUCAUAGAAAGCAUCACUGUUGGAGUUACUCCUGUGUUCAGCUCUAUUUGUCCUUCCCCCAAGGAACCAUGAAGGGAAAUUUGAUCCUCUGCCUAAUUUUUAUUGUCCUCCCUUAUGUCCACGGAAUGGCAAAUUUAACCUGUGUUUCGUGUCCUCUUGGAAGCACUGAAUGCAGAGAUAAUUGCACAAAUAUUGGGGUUGCAUGUGUAACUUUGGCAGAAGUCAACACACUGGGUGGAAAUGUCAAACCCAGUGGAUCAUACAAAGGAUGCAUUGACCAAAAGCUUUGUAGACCUUCAGCCUUCACCUUGACCACAGCUGCUGGGCGCCACAUCCAAAGCAAUAUGGCAUGUUGCUCAACAGAUAUGUGCAAUGGAGGGUUAAGUCUAAGUGUUCCCCCAGUUGGUACAUUGGAAAACGGGGUGUCUUGCCCAGCCUGUGAAAGCUACAGUCAGAAAGAGUGUGAAAUCAAAAGUCACAUUGCCUGCAUCGGAACUGAAGAGAAAUGCAUUACUCUCACAGGAGAAUCUAUUGCUUCUACGAAUCAAUCCUUCGCCAUCAAGGGCUGUGCAACGAAGAAUGCCUGCAGCUUGCAACAGAAUGAUCUUGUGCCAUUUGGAGGGAAGAUCUAUAAAUUGAGUGUGAAAGCAGCUUGCACCGACAGGGGUGUGUGGGGUGUUAUUUCUUCCUCAAGCAUCAUUUUUUCGGCUCUUGUCGGAGUCCUCUUCGUCCAGAACCUUUCAUGAAGUCAUCUGGUUCCUCCUCUGUGCUUGAUAAAAAGGCCGCCAUCUGGAUUGUCUCCGGAAUUACCAAUAAAAUUUUCAAGUUCUUUUCAUC